CCACGGUUUUGGGUAUUUUUUUUACUUUUGGAGUUGUGAUUUGUUGGUUCCAUCUCCAUUACAGAAAGAAGCUCCAACACUUGGAAAGAUCUAAUCUUGGGGGGUUUACUCCCAUCUCUCUAAUCAUCUGCUUCGUAUUCUUUCUUCUCUAUACACAAUUAAAGCACCAAUUUUUUUUCCCAAGAAAAAUCUGCAUUGACUAGUUGCUUCUUCUUUUUUCAUUACAGAUCUGCUUGCUUUUGGUGUUUUGUGUUGAAAAAAAGAAAGAAGAAAAGGGGGAUUUGUUUGAUGAUGUCUCCAUCUUUAUCUGAUCCGGCUCUCAGUCUUCUUCUUCUUCGAGUGUUUCAGCAGAGCUUAAGCUGUAUCAAGCUUUUAUUUUCUCGGUCCCCAUUUUCUUUGCUUUCAUUCUUCUGUUCAUGUUCUAUUUGUUCUAUCUUCGACGCCGGCGAGCUGAUUGGUCAUCUCUUAUAAUGAGAACAUCCCCAGGCCUUGACUCUGAUCUCUCCUUACCCAUGGCUGAAUUGGGGCUCAAGAAAGAAGUAAGAGAGAUGCUACCCAUUAUUAUAUACAAGGAGACCUUCUCUAUCCGAGAUACUCAAUGCUCAGUAUGCCUUGGGGACUACCAAGCAGAGGAUAAACUUCAGCAGAUACCUGCAUGUGGCCAUACAUUUCACAUGGACUGCAUUGACCAUUGGCUUGCCAACCACACAACCUGUCCACUCUGCCGCCUUUCCGUCCUCGCUUCUCCUAAAGCUCCUGAUAAAUUUCCUAUUAUUCAAGCUGCAAGCAGUCAGGAGUCAUCUCAUCCAGCGAAUGGUAAUGGGUUAGCUGUUCAACCAGUCUCCCAAGGAGAAACUCAAGGUGUCCAACCACUUGAGCAAACAAUAGGAGAUGCAGGAAUUUCCCAGUGCAAUGGAGAUGAACAGGAAUGUGUGAAUCAGGGAAGAGAUUUUGGAAAUACAAGGAAUGAAACAUGUGAGCAUGAGGGUAGCAGAGGAAUAUCUGCUUGAUAUUUUACAUCAACUGAGGCCAUCAAUUUGAGACUGGUGACUCCAUUUGUACCAUUUACUAAGAAACAAAGGAGCCAUCGAAGAUUCUGACCGACAUGGGGAGCUUCUGAGUGUUCUGACCAAAUUGCAUUUCAUGACAAACUAGGGCUGAAGCUUCUUCUGACAUUGGCAUCGCUAGGAUGAUGCAACUGCUUAGAAGCAAGGGUUCCAUGGAUGUAUGUUGACUUCACGUGCUGUUUUAAAGAUGGUUAUAAUUAUAACAUUCAUGCUUUGCUGGAAAUAAUUAAAAUGUAUAACUAGGGCUCAUUUUUUAAGUUAGAUUUUGUAGGAUGAAGUCUUUUGGAAUUGGAACUUUACGUGUUUGAGCAAAGGAAAUGAAUGCCUUUGCUUUUGGGUCAACAGGAAAUAACACGUUCAUUUCGUGCAAACUUGUGGAAGAUGGUCUUAAGAUUUCUUUCUCUUCCUAAUUGGUCUGUAUAGAAUGUUUUAAAGUUAAUAAAGGAUAGAUUUGCUG